UUUUUCUCCAUGUCGCCCCCAAUACCUCAGAUCCAUGGGCCAUUUUGUCAUGGAAUAGGGACCAUUUCCCCUAGCGGCAGACUGGACGAUGAUAGGAUUCGUCUCUCGCCCAACCCGACGAAGCUUAAGUCACAGUAUGAACGGCAAACAGCAAACUUGACGGUCGUCACCACGAAGGAGAGCAUCAAUGGAUUGUCUUACACCUCAAUCGCCAUUCCCUUCGAUGAAAAGACCUAGCACCCUGGAAGAUCAGAGUAGUUCUCAAGUAUAGUGACUUGGAUGACUUAGGAAAAAGGCGUAUCAGUGUGCUUGCAUCGCAACGACUUCUACUUCACCAGCCAUCUCCCCGGGCGCCUGCUCACCUACACCUAAGCGGCCAUGGUCGAGGAUAGGCCUCUCCGCGAAUCUCGGCCAUGCGGUUCAUCCAGCCACCGCUACAGCCGCGGCCACAAGAGUGGAUGGCGAGAUUGCACAUGCAUGCCCUUCGUCGCGCCCGCCAUGCAGCCCGGCGGCCCAGCUCGAAUGCACCAAACCAACGCGUCCAAGCCAGGCCACCAAUCAUGAGGUCGCGCCAUUGCGUCGUUGGCGGCGGCCGAGAGGGGCAAGGGAAAGGGUCCCGUCCCCCUCCUCCCUGACUGAAGAAUCGGGAAAGGGUACUCCGCCCUGCUUCUGCUUCUGCUGUGCAGCUUGAUAUGGAUUAUGCACGCCAAGUGGCCUUUCGCGACCGCGACCUGUGGGUGUGUUGCUGCCAGUGACCGAUGAGGCCAGCACCUUCUUCCCGCAUCUUGGUCCGAAAAGCCACGGCAGAUAGGGUGCGAGAACCCCUGUUGCUGCUUGAAGAGGAGGAGGAAAGAGACCAUCAGCGAGGCUCGGAUACGCCUCGGGGGGUGAGACUCUGCUUACAUUCUCUUUCAUCCACGGGGUUGGAUGCUGAGGCUAUGCUGCAUUCAGGCGCAUGCAUCAGCAACCGCCCUUACCACUCACCCAUAAGUCAUCCAUUGAUUUGCUCGCUUGCUUACAUGUUGCCUCCGCUCCCCUUGCCUCUAUCAAAUCUCUCUUCUUGAGUUCCCUCGGCCGCGCUUGCUCGUCGUCGCCACCCGUCCCUACGCCUGCGACCUGUCUCCCACCCGCAACCCUCUCCGAGGUCUAGGUCUUACUUCGCAACCUCUCAUGGCAUGAGAGAAAUGUGCUCUCAAGUGUAAUCGAACACAGCGCCUGCCAAACUCGUAUCCGCCCACUCAGUUAUCUACCUCGAGCCGAACGCUUGCGAAGACAUCGAGAGGAGGGAUGAAGGCCCUUGCUGUCGCCGCGCUGGCUGUCGGCGCCAGCGCGGUCGCCCGACAGAGAUAUGCCGCCGUCGACAUGUCGCCCGCUGCAGGAGCCCUGGUCCCGCGCUUCUUUAUCGAUGCCCCCAAGCUCGCGGCCCGUGACGGGGGGAUCUGCCGUCCAAACUGGCACUCAUGUGUCGACAUCGGCCACCCGGAAAUAUGCUGCGCGAACACAAACUACUGCUACGUCAAGCCGGACAACACGGCGUGGUGCUGCAGCAUCGGUUCCAAAUGCGACUCCAACUGCGAGGCGACGGCCUACCAGUGCCCGACCACGGUAACCCGUGCCGUGUCCGAGACCAUCAUGGGCGGCGCCGUCGUCUCGACCUCCCUGACCACCGCCGUCUCCUCCGCCUGCUGCGGCCGGGCGUGCCCCUCCAUCUCGGCCUUCCGCUGCGAGGCCCAGUUCGGCGGCGGCUGCUGCGCCUACGGCCAGACCUGCGUCUCGGGCGGCAGCUGCAUGAGCACCGUGCCCGCUACUACCUCGUCUGCCGACGUCACGGGCCUGCUGACGCCCGCCGACCCCGGGUGCACGGCAACGACGCAGCACGCGUGCAACGACGGGAAGGGGGGCUGCUGCGAUAACCUCGAGCGCUGCACCAUCGUCAGCGGCACCGCGGCGUGCGCGGCGGGUAACCCCACGGCCACGGACGUGCGGAUUGUCGACGGCGGAUCGGGCGGGCUGUCGGCCGGCGCGAAGGCGGGCAUUGGGGUCGGCGUGUCCGUUGUCGGGUUCGCGCUGGCGGGGUUCCUCGCGUGGUUCUGUUUCAUCAAACGACGGAGACGAGGGACGACAACGGCAUCGAUGUCCCGGCGUAGUGGUGGUGGUGGUGGCGGCGGUAGCGAGAGACCGGGCCGGAGCGCGCGCGCCAUGUCGGAAAUCACGUCCGGAUCGCGAACUACGGCGCGGCGCGGCGCCACGCAGGAUUAUUUCGGCCCGACGGCCGUGGCGGGGCCGUACACGGAGACGGAGACCGUGGUGUCUGACGAGGCGGCGGGCUCGCCGGGCAGGGGCGGGGGCAGGGGCGUGCCGCUACAGGCGCACUCGCCGAGCGACGUCGUGGCGCCGGUGGAGAUCGACUCGGUAGGCGUCAAGAGUGGGGGAUACGGGCACGGCGUCGCGGCCGUGCCGGCGGCGGCGACCAAGGCGGAGGCGAUGCCCCACACGAUGCAGAGGAGGUAUGAGCUGUACGGCUCCGAGCUGGCGUCGCCUCCUUCGCCGGGGAUGCCUUCUCCGUCGCUCAUGACGCCGAGGAGCGUCACGAGCGUUUCCUUCCUGGACAGGUCGCCGGGUCCUCCGUCGGAGAGGUAGGGAGAGGGCGGAAGAAAAACAACGUUAUCGCGGAUCAUUCCCUGGGCUCUCCUUUCCAUGUCUCUUUGUCUACAGACGGACGCCACCCC